UCCACGCGUCACGCAUGCAGGCUGGAUGUCAACAUGUACUUCAUGUGCCUUCGAUUUAAAGUAAACUGGUUAUUAACCGACUUAGGUCCUCAUUUAUAAAAGCUGACAACAAAUGGAUGACUUCCUACUUCCGGAGAAUGAAGGAGACCUUCAGGAUCAAAUCGAAGAGGUCGAGGCUCUGGCUUCCAUCUACGGAGAUGAGUGGUGCGUCAUCGAUGAAGCGUCCAGAAUAUUCUGCAUCAAAAUAUCAGAUGACUUGGAAGAGCCAAAACUGACAGCAUGUUUGCAGAUAAUUCUUCCACCUGAUUACCCGAGCGCCGCUCCGCCCAUCUACCAGAUCAAUGCGGUGUGGCUUCGGGGCCCCGAGAGGAGCGCGCUGGCGAGCGGCUUGGAAGACCUCUACGCGCAGCACGCGGGAGAGAGCCUCCUCUACCUGUGGGUGGAAACCAUUCGACAAUUCCUCGUGGAGAAAUCCCGGAGCUCGGAAACAGUGGAUCCUUCGGAGAAGGUGAACAUGACGGCCGAAGAGGAAGUGGACGACGAUGACGACGAUGAUGAAGACGCACCAGACUUCAGGGCCCUCAAGCUGAACACAGAACAUUUUCAUCUUUUCACGGAUCGUGCAAACGAUGAAGAGGCUCCUCCCAUAAAACACGGGAACGCCAUCACAGACCGACGCAGCACCUUCCAGCCUCACUUAGCACCUGUGGUGACUCCCAGACAGGUGAAGCUGGUCCUGGGGAAGCUGUACGAGAACAAGAAGAUAGCCAGCGCCACUCAUAACAUCUACGCAUACAGGAUUUACCGCGAGGACCAGAACAGCUUCCUGCAGGACUGCGAGGACGACGGCGAGACCGCCGCGGGGGGACGGCUGCUGCACCUGCUGCAGAUCCUGGACGUGCGCAACGUCGCCGUGGUCGUGUCUCGAUGGUACGGCGGCGUUCUGCUGGGUCCGGACCGCUUCAAACACAUCAACAACUGCGCUCGGAACAUCCUGGUGGAGGAGGGGUACGCCGCCUCACCGGAGGAAGCCGCCAAAUCUGGAGCGAAGGCCAAGAGGCCAAAAAGCAGGAAGACAAAGUGAACGUCAGGAAGAUGAAGAGCACAGACUUGUUUUCAAGACGAUUAAAAAUGCGUCUUCAUUGACAUAAACUGGGA